ACCCCCGGUCUACACAGGGACAGGUGGGGGGGGCGGGUGGGGAGCAGGGGCUGAGACCCCCAGUCUACACAGGGACAGGUGGAGGGGCAGGUGGGGAGCAGGGGCCGAGACCCCCGGUAUACACAGGGACAGGUGGGGGGGCGGGUGGGGAGCAGGGCCGAGACCCCCAGUAUACGCAGGGACAGGUGGGGGGGCGGGGGGGAGCAGGGCUGUGACAGCUGUGAGCUUUGCUGUCGGACAGAGGUGCCUCAGGUGCACCCUCGGGCCCUGCCCCUGCCCCUGCGGCUGCCUGAGGCUGCCCUCACGGGAACUGCAGUAAGGAGGCAUCAGGAGCAGGGAGCCCCAUCCUCCCAAGGGUCACCCUCAGCUGGACACAGCAAGAAGUGGCAGAUUCAAGAUGAGGUGACGCCACCGAAGAGGCUCGUGUGCUGAUGACCGCAGGACCCCAGAGUGUGACUGUAUCCAGAAGGGGUGACUGCUCCAGGUGCAGCUCACACUCCUGCUGUGUGUGGGCACCCCCAGGGGUGUGCAGGUGCUCCCAGGGGUAUGCGGGUGCUCCCAGGUGUGCUGGGCACUCCCAGGAGUAUGCCGAGUGCUCCCAGAUGUGUCGGGCGCUCCCAAGGGCAUGCUGGGUGCUCCCAGGUGUGUCAGGUGCCACCAGGUAUGUGCGGGUGCCCCCAGGUGUGCCAGGUGCUCCCAGGGUGUGUCAGGUGCUCCAAGGGUGUGUCAGGUGCUCACAGGUGUGUCAGGUGCUCCCAGGUGUGUCAGGUGCUCCCAGGGGUAUGCGGGUGCUCCCAGGUGUGUCAGGUGCUCCCAGGGGUAUGCUGGGUGCCCCCAGGUGUGUCAAGUGCUCCCAGGGGUAUGCUGGGUGCCCCCAGGUGUGUCAGGUGCUCCCAGGGUGUGUCAGAUGCUCCCAGGUGUGCCAGGUGCUCCCAGGUGUGUCAAGUUCUCCCAGGGGUAUGCGGGUGCUCCCAGGUGUGUCAGGUGCUCCCAGAGUGUGUCAGGGGCUCCCAGGUGUGCCGGAUGCUCCCAGGUGUGUCAGAUGCUCCCAGGGGUAUGCGGGUGCUCCCAGGUGUGUCAAGUGCUCCCAGGGGUAUGCGGGUGCCCCCAGGUGUGUCAGGUGCUCCCAGGGGUAUGCGGGUGCUCCCAGGUGUGUCAGGUGCUCCCAGAGUGUGUCAGGGGCUCCCAGGUGUGCCGGAUGCUCCCAGGUGUGUCAGAUGCUCCCAGGGAUAUGCGGGUGCUCCCAGGUGUGUCAAGUGCUCCCAGAGGUAUGCGGGUGCCCCCAGGUGUGUCAGGUGCUCCCAGGGGUAUGCGGGUGCUCCCAGGUGUGUCAGGUGCUCCCAGAGUGUGUCAGGGGCUCCCAGGUCACCAUGCUGUCCUUCCUGGAUGCAGGGUGCUCCCCACCAGGCGGGGCAUCGGCCCCCGUCUUCCGGCCGCCCCAGGGCCUGCCCAGCGCCAUCCUGCCUGCCCUGCCUACACAGCCCCAGAGGCGGGGCCUGGAGUCCUGGCCCUGA